UUCUCAUUACGAAAAAGAACACGGCUCUUAUAUGAGUGAUGAAAAGAUAUUGAAGAUAGUGAAACAGUUAGAUAAGAGAAACGACUUCACUCCUAAACUCCAAGGUAAAUUACCGGGUAGGAUACUCCUUGCUUGUGAAUCCUUAACUGCUAUCGGCGAAAAGCAAAUAAAUAAAAUUGUGCGAGAAUUGUCCGACCCUAAUCUUUCGCUCGCUCCUUAUUCUCCCAACCAAGCACAAGACUUAACUAAUAGAGUAGCCGAUAUAGUUAGCGAGUUAAUGAACGAAUAUAAUCACAGAGUUAUUGAAAUUAUUGAAAAAGAGAGAAAAGCAGCCUUUCAAGCCGGCCUAAAAGAGGGAAAAAAGCACCUUAAAUUAAAUAGAAAAUAA